CUGGAUGCUCAGCCCACAUGACCGGAAUAAAGUGCCUACUGAGCAACUAUACCAACUGUUAUGGAGGCAAUGUUAGAUUCGGGAACGACGCCUCAUCUCCUAUUCUUGGAUAUGGGGAUGUCAUCUGUGCCAGUGUUACCAUCAAGGAUGUCUCAUUUGUCAAAGGACUCAAACACAAUCUUCUGAGCAUAGGACAAUUCUGUGACAGUGGGAUGGAAGUGAGGUUCUUUGCCAAACAAUGCUGUGUUCUAGACAGCCAAGGGAACUCAUUAUUAACGUGUUACAGGACCUCAAACCUGUACACUAUUGAUCUGAAAAGCGUCCAAUCCACCACUUCCAUCUGUCUGCUGUCCAAAGCUUCAACAGAACAAAACAACCUCUGGCACAGACGUCUUUCCCAUCUCAAUUUCAAGAAUCUGUCCAUCCUGUCAUCGAAGAAACUUGUGAAGGGGCUUCCUCCGUUGAAGUCUUCCGCUGAAAAUCAUUGUAGUGCCUGCAAAAUGGGCAAAAUGACGAGAAGCUCCCACAAGUCAAAGCCUGUCCCAUCAUCUACUCUACCGCUGCAACUGAUACACAUGGACCUCUGUAGACCUAUGAGAGUCCAAAGCAUCAACGGCCGCAAAUACACACUGGUGAUCGUUGAUGACUUCUCUAGGUACACAUGGACAAAAUUUCUUCGUAAAAAGGACGAGGCAGCAGAAAUCAUUAUGACCUUUGUCAGAACAUUCCAGAAACUGCUGCAGCACAGUGUUCGAAUCAUCAGAACUGACAACGGUACCGAGUUCAAGAAUCAAACUCUCACUGGAUUCUAUGAAUCUCUCGGUAUCACGCAGCAAUUUGCAGCAGCCAAAACUCCCCAACAGAAUGGAGUAGUUGAAAGAAAGAACAGGACUCUUGUCGAAGCGGCACGCACCAUGCUCAUCCAAUCAAGAUUGCCUCACUUUAUGUGGGCAGAGGCCAUUAAUACUACGUGCUACACCCAAAACAGAACAUCUAUCCACAAACGCUUCGACAAGACCCCAUAUGAAAUCCUCUUCAACCGAACUCCGGAUAUCUCAUUCUUCAAGAUAUUUGGCUGCAAGUGCUUCGUACUGAAUGACUGAACUGAUAGAGGUAAGCUAGACGCAAAAGCCCAAGAAGGGGUGUUCAUUGGCUACUCACAGCAGUCCAAAGCUUACAGAGUCUAUCUUAGAGACAAGCGAACGGUCAUUGAGAGUGUGAAUGUGACAUUCUAUGAGAUGGCUGACUUCGCAACGGAACACUUACAGGCUGACCCGUCACUUGCUGUACCAGCGGACUCUGACACAGUUGAACCAAACCCUGUACCUGAAGGUGUGAUUCUCAAUUCUCUCUUUCAGAACUUCUACGAGAAUUCACAACCCUCAUCUUCUCCAUGCACACCAGCUUCAUCGUCAACUAUUCCACAGCAACCAACUCCUUUCACUGAAAUUCCACUCCUUCUCGGACCAGAUAAUGAACCAUCUACUCCGUCAACUGCCCAACCUAAUCACGGAGGAGUGGAUGAUCACGGUUUUGCUACCACAUCAGAGUCAUCUCCACCGCACACCACAGCUGCUCAAGAGUCACCAAUCCCCUACCAAGACUCGGAUCAACCGAUCAUUACUCCUAAUCCUCUGGAACAUGAGAGGAAAUGGACAAGAGCUCAUCCCACUGAACAAAUAAUCGGUGAUCCAGGUCAAGGUGUGCGUACGAGAUCGGCUACUAUGAAUGAAUGUCACUAUGCAUGCUUUCUAAACCAGAAUGAACCAUCCAAAGUCUCAGAUGCACUCGCUGAUCCAGAUUGGGUGAUUGCCAUGCAAGAUGAGCUCAAUCAGUUUGACAGACUAGAAGUGUGGACACUCGUGCCUAAACCCCCUCAGAAAACCAUCAUUGGCACUAAAUGGGUGUUCAAGAACAAGAAGGACGAAGAAGGCAUAGUGAUACGCAACAAGGCACGGCUGGUCGCUAAAGGAUACAAUCAGCAAGAGGGCAUAGACUAUGAUGAAACGUUUGCACCCGUAGCAAGAAUUGAAGCAAUACGCCUCUUUCUUGCGUACGCGGCCCACAAGAACUUUACCGUCUUUCAAAUGGACGUCAAGGCUGCCUUUCUGAAUGGAGUCUUGGAAGAGGAAGUCUAUGUCGCUCAGCCCGAAGGAUUUGUAUAUCCCAGAUAUCCCAACCAUGUGUACAAGCUGAAGAAAGCUCUGUAUGGGCUUAAAUAGGCACCAAGAGCUUGAUACGAUGCCUUAACCGAAUUUCUGGUUGACUCAGGUUUCUCAAAAGGGAAGAUUGAUACCACACUUCUCAUCAAGCGACAGAAGUCUGACAUCAUCCUGAUUCAGAUCUAUGUUGAUGACAUCAUCUUCGCCUCCUCAAAUCCACGUCUGUGCAAACAUUUUGAGAAACUGAUGAAAACUAAGUUUGAAAUGAGCAUGAUGGGAGAGCUGAAUUUCUUCCUAAGCCUGUAAGUAAGACAACUCUCUGAUGGCAUUUUUAUCAAUCAGUCCAAGUAUAUUCUGGAAAUGCUUAAGAGAUUCAACAUUGAUAGCAAAUCUUCCAUGACGACCCCUAUGUCCCCCAACAAUAAACUGGACUCAGACCCCUCUGGGAAGCCAGUCGAUGCCACAAACUAUAGGGCCAUCAUUGGAUCGUUGCUAUAUCUCACGUCUAGCAGGCCUGAUAUCGUUUUUUCUACAUGCUUAUGUGCACGCUUUCAGGCGAAUCCAAAGGAAUCCCAUCUGACCGCUGUUCGAAGAAUUCUGAGAUACCUCAAAGGCACUGUGAAUCUAGGCCUUUGGUAUCCCAAGCACUCAGGUUUUGACCUAGUCGGAUACUCUGACGCAGAUUUUGCUGGUUGCCGGAUGGACCGCAAAAGUACAUCGGGAGCUGUCCAGUUCUUGGGCGAUAAGUUAGUCUGCUGGUCUUCCAAGAAACAGAACUGUGUGUCAACAUCUACGGCCGAGGUAGAAUACGUCACGGCUGCUAGCUGUUGUUCACAAAUAUUAUGGAUGAAGACCCAGCUAAAGGACUACGGUUACACUUUCUGCCAUAUCCCGAUCUACAGCGACUCACAGAGUGCCAUCGCCAUCACCAGCAACCCGGUUCAUCACUCCCGCACCAAACACAUCGACCUGCGCUAUCAUUUCAUCAAAGACCACGUGGAAAAAGGGGAUAUUGACAUGUACUUUGUAAGCUCCGAGCUUCAACUGGCUGAUUUGUUUACUAAGGCACUGGAUGAAAAGAGAUUCCAGUUUUUGGUUUCCAAAUUAGGCAUGUUGAACCUCGAGCCAAUGUAAUUUUGUUUCCACUGGUCUGUAAAAAGGUGUGCGUGUGUAGGACUUGUACAAAGUGUGCGUGCGUGUGUCUGUAAAUAAUGUGUGUGAGUUGCAUUUUGUGUUUUGUGUGUGUUGCAUGUGUCCAGGGGGAGAAACCCGAGAAAAAUACAAAAAUAGUGUGCGUGCGUUUGCAUUCAUCGAGGGGGAGAAAAUUUGAAAAUUCCAAAAAAUAGUGUGUGUGAGUUGCAUAUGUACAUAGUGUGUGUGCGUUGCAUUCAUCGAGGGGGAGAAAAUUUGAAAAAGAUCAAAAAAUAGUGUGUGUGCGUUGCAUUCAUCGAGGGGGAGAGAAUUUGAAAAUCCCAAAAAUAGUGUGUGUGUGGAUUUCAGCGAGGGGGAGUACUUUUAUUGAUCAGAAAUGGGUCUUUUAACCCUUAAGGCCAAACGGGCCCAGCUACCUGUUCUGGCCCAAACCGUUCCAAAACUCGCAUAUUUAAACCUCAGAUCCCCUCCUCCUCCUCAUUUCCUACGCUUCCCUCUCGCAAGAAACAAACAGAGCUCGAAUUCUUCUUCUCCCUCUCCGUCGUCUUCCAAACUUCCCUCCCUCUCACAGACCUCCCCAAACUCCUCUCCAAGGUAGCUUUUCGUUUCGUACUUCCCCAUCACACUCUGGUUUUAGAACGCCAUCUCGAACCGUCCCUAAACCAAAAACGCCGUUUUUUCUCAAAUAAAAUUUUCAAAAAGGGUUUUGGUUGAGUGUGUAUUGUUUUUAUGUCUUUACAGGUGGUUAUCGUCUUCGUUGGGCAAAAACACGAGUUCUGCAACUCGAGUUAAAACGCCUGGUUUCAUAAUCCGGCGUUUCAAAUUCGAGGACAGACCGCGAGUUUGUAAACUCGCGCUCAUGAGCUCGAGUUUGUAAACUCGCACUCAUGGGCUCGAGUUUGUGAACUCGCCCUCAUGAGCUCGAGUUUGUUAACUCGCGCUCAUGAGCUCGAGUUUGUAAACUCGCGCUCAUGAGCUCGAGUUUGUAAACUCGCGCUCAUGAGCUCGAGUUUGUAAACUCGCGCUCAUGGGCUCGAGUUUGUAAACUCGCGCUCAUGGCCUCGAGUUUGUAAACUCGUGUUCAUGGGCUCGAGUUUGUAAACUCGCGCUCAUGGCCUCGAAUUUGUAAAUUCGUGUUCAUGGGCUCGAGUUUGUAAACUCGCGCUCAUGGGCUCGAGUUUGUAAACUCGUGUCCAUGAUCUCGAGUUUUAUAACUUGGUGCCCGAACUCGUUUCCUCAUCUCAUAAAUCAUCAACCCCAAAGGGAAACUCUUUUUUUUGCUAAUGUUUGCUAUUCUUUCAGCUAAAUAUGUCAGGCACUCAACAAGAUACCUCCCAGGAAGAUGUACUCUAUACACAGCUGUUCCCCAAAUACAAGUGGGUUCGGCUACAGGACAACAACUAUCAGCUCGACCUUGCCGUCUUCAAGUGCCCUGACCCAGUCAUCCCUAUCAUCCUUAAGGGGCACUACAUCUGGCCGGCACUCACCAAAGCUAUAACGGUCCCCGAAAUCUAUCUGCAACAGUUAUGGGGGACCAUGCACAUGCCUUCCAAAAAGGACGCAUCUAGUAUCAGUGCCACGCUCCACAACAGAAGGCUGGCACUAACAGCGUCCACACUACGAAACACACUGGAGUUGCCUGUCCACCAAACCUAUGACCCGCUACCCUCAAAGACUGAACUGAUGCAAGGGUUGGAGAAAUUGGGAUAUGAUGCACCACUGCCGUUCCUGUCUCACUUCAAGUUGAUGAACCCGCCAUACCCAUGGAAGACACUGUUUGGCCUCGUCAACAAAUGCCUAUCUCCGAAGCACGAUGGCCAUGACAAGUGCAACUUGCAGAUUUUCCAAAUCUUCCAUGGGAUCGUCUUCAACAAAAAUUAUGACAUGGCACAGCUAUUCUGGAUCGAGCUGGUGACUCAAGUCCAGGACAAAGAGGACGGAAAAACAGGCAUGACGAUUCCCUACGCCAGAUAGUUGGCCCUCGUCAUUAAUGAUUAUAUGACCGCACACCCAGGGAUUCCAACGCGCAGAGAUGAAGAUCAGUUCACUGCCCCCAAGUUCCAGUACUUCAAGCGCUUCAAGCUUGACACUGUGGGGAUGACAAUACCAGACUAUCUGCUGGACUUGGGCAAUCCACGACACUCCGCAGUUGUCCAGUAUAGAGAAAGCUUACAGAUAGAUGGCCCCAUGGUUCAGCUAAACCCAGCUGGACCUGCCCCGGGGCCUAAGCCGAGAGCAAGUAAGGGUCCAAAGAGAGCCCGUAAGCCACAAAAACCAGUGGCGCGUGUGCCCCAUGAAGGGAAGUCUGACGAUUCUCUCGAGAGGACUCAGACGGCUGAGGGCACACGUACAAACGCUGCGGAACCUGCCCAUGAGUCGUCCAGUCCGGCCCAUAAAAAGGCUGACGAUGAGGCAUCCAAUAGCGUGGCCAAGGAUGCUGACGAUGAUGACGACGACGACGAUAUUGACGACGUGGAGCACACCUUUGCUCUAAUCCAAAAGGGGAAGCUGCCACUUGAUUCUCCUCCAAAGAAAAUCACCCCUGAGGAUGCAGCUCCAUUUAUAGCUGUCCACCCCAAGACCAUCGUCAUCAAACCAGUGAAGGAGCCAGUUACAGCUAAGAUUGCUGCUCCCCGUUCACCUAAGGCAAAGAAGCAGCGUCCUGUCAGAAAAAGUUUGGUCGCUGAAGAGGACCUACACAUCUUUGACGACUGUCUUCCCUUCAUCACUAUAAGCCGGGCCGAAUCCUUAAGUACAGGGGCCAAUCUUGUUGGUUCCCGGGUAGAAGCCGCAGCAUCAGGCUCAACUGCGCAUGCACUGCCCUCUCCCAGCCACUCGUUAGCCUCCCAAAAGGCUAACGUUUCAACAACACGGGACUCACCCACCUCACUGGUUCCCUCCGAACCAGUUGAGCGCUCUAGUGGCCCACCGCCCGAGGCCACAACCCCCUCUUUCCACACAUCGAGUCUAGGUGUCACAUUCCCCACAUUUUCAAAUUUCUCUAGGACACCUACACCAUUCACAGCACAUACAGGUGCACACACCCUGAAUACAACGACCGGAGUGCAAACGAUGAUGGUCGGAAGCCCUGCUAUGCCAACAAUGACUUCAUCAUUGAACGCAGGCCACACAUCAGCUCUCUUCACUGAUGCUGUGACAACAGUUACAACCCCUGUAACUGGACCCCUUACAUCCGAAGACAUUACCGUUCUCAUGAACCGCUACAUGGAGUCCACCAUCAAACCAUGGGUGCAACAAGCAUUCACCGCUUGGGCACAGGACUCCAAGACAACCCCAGCGGUUCAUAGUGAACAGAGCCACCCCAAACCUCACUCUUCACCCUCUCAAUCAAUUCCACAACCCACUCCUGUCAUCCCUAUCACCUCCACCAAACCCCUUAGUCCUUCACCCUCUCGGGGAACCCACGAUACAGAACUAGUAUCGCCCUCUGCCUCGACCAAUCCCUUCCACCUAUCCCGUCUUGAGCUCGCCGAUCUCCUGUUUCUUCGGUUGCUGGAGGUCGACACUUGCAACCUUACACCCUUCGAGCGUGACCUUCUCCAAGUUUUCCUCAACCACGACCGCCCUCAAUAUGGCACUUGCCGUGACAGUCCCCGAGGCCUCAAACGUUCCCAUGAGAAUCCCGAUGAUUCGGAACCUCAUGAGGGGGAGAACAAGAGACCUCGGACACUUGAGCAAGCAGCCUCUACCAGCCAUGAACCCCAUCCAAACACCUCAUCAAACCAACCACCACCUUCCUCGAGCCACAACCAAGCCCAACUCUUUAGCCUGGUCGAGCUAGAUGAAACAUCCCGAGGCUUAUCUCCUAGAGAUACUGUCCGAGGAGGGGAUGGAAGUCCUAUAGUGGUUACCUCUGUGUUGGUCCCGGUUAUACUGGAUACAGUCUAGAGGGGGGGUGAAUAGACUGUAUUGGUUUUUAGCUCUUUAAACUAAGUACCAGAUUUACAGAAUAGCCUGUUCUGUUGAAAGAACAGACUGGCAGCGGAUGGGGUUCUGGUAGGGAGUUCUGUUAGCCUCAGAGAAGCAAAGGCAGUAGGCCUUCUCUUAACUUGUAGGACAAGUUCUGCUGAACACAGAUACCAAGUCUGAGAAUUUAAGCAGUUCUAUCUAAGUGCAAGUAUUAAAGCAGUAAGUAAACGACACCAGAGAUUUUUAUAGUGGUUCAAGGAACAACUUGUUCCUCUAGUCCACUGUUCCACUAAGCUGUAAAAACUUCCAUUUACAAAGCCUUAGUCCUAGCACUUAAGAAGCUCUCCACGUCUUCUUCAAGUCUAGAUGUCUUCUGGGAUGCACUGCCUGGCUUCCUUUAAGACUGGUCCUUUCACUGAGUUUCCUUGAAGUAUCACCACUUCACUACUCCAGUUACUUGGACGACCUUCUUGUAGUAAGAAGAGUUUCUGUUGAAACUGGGGUUCCUCCAACUAGCUUCGUUACAAAAGAUUUGUAUGUGAUGAGCUUGAAGAGUUGAAGAACACUUGGAACUUUGCUUGAGUUGGAAAAAGUAUUUUUCCAACUUCUGCAUUCUCUUGUAGAAGAUAAUGAGUUUGAAUCUCAAGGAGGCUUUUUGCUUUUUAGAGUUUGAAUAUCUUGUUUGUAGCAAUGGUUAGCAAAAGUUGCAAAGUUAUCUUGACAAAGUUAUCCGGUUGUUCUUCGUAGUGUAUCUAUUAUACUGAGGUUGUCUUCCCGUUGGAGGAGUAGGAGGACAACUGCAUUAAAUGAGCGAUCAGUUGACUUGACUAGUAGAGCCCGGUAAAGUUGGCGGGUUACUAUUUUGGGAUAAAGUAUUCCUGACAUUGCGGCCAAUCAUCUGCAAUUACUCUACGUAGCAUGGGGUGCAUUAAAUGAGCAUUUAAUGCAUGCACUGUAGCUUUUCCGUUUCAUACUCCUAGCCGUUGAAGGAAUCUUUUAGUUGACUUCCCGGUUUAGUGAAAUUCUUCUAAGUGUCAGACCUUCUGGUGUCUUUAACUGAGAGUAGAACAGAGGAGGUCUGGAGCACUUCUGUUUAGAGAAUAUCCAACAGAGACCCAGAAGGGUUUCUAUCAGAGUGAAGACUAACAGAGACCCUGAGGUCUUCUGUUCUGGAGCAGAGAACCAAAGGUCCUCUGUUUCAAUAAUGCCUUACGAGGCACUUCUGCUCUUGGAGCCCUUCUGCUCAGAAGGUCUUCUGCUCUGAAGGCAUUCUGUCAAGUCGAUUACUCUAAGAACUUUACAAAGUAAAAAUUCUAAUACAUAAUUUCUAAAGGGGUACUCUAAAGUCCUAAUUAAUCUAGCAUCAUCAAAAUCUAAAUACAAUUAUUCCUUACAAUUUCCCCCUUUUUGAUGAUGCCAAAACCCUUUAACUAUUUCCAGAGAAGUGCCUUCACCAUAAAGAAAGAUUAAGUUUAAAAACUUCCAUUAAAAUCUUGGUGGGCAACUUGGCAUAGGAAAAUAGUAAGAGUACGAUACAUUCAGAUAGCAGAAAAUAAAAGAAUUAAGCAAACACAAGCAGAAGGCAAAAAGACAAGAAUUGAGGGAAAAGCACUUCAAAGUAAGAAGGCAGAGAUUUGAUCUUAUUAGAUAGAUAUUACAGAGUUAAACCUUACACAUUCUCCAGAUUAGCUGCCUGUAGAGCUUCUUCCUCUAGUCUUUGAAGCCUGAGCAGUUCUUCAUUUAUUUCAGCUCUGAUUUUGAACAGAUUGCCAGACCUUUGAUAAGAUGCCCAUAUUGGAGAAAGCUUGCAGUCCAAAUAGUUGAGAACACCUUCAUGAAUAGUCUUUCCUGGGAUAAUGUUCUUCUUAUACCAUUCUUCUGCUUCUUCUAGUGAUCCCUCAUACCUAACUCUGACAACACCAUCUUUGUCUAAAAAGAGGUGCUGUUGUUGGGUAGGAGUCAUUUUGGCCUUCAUCUCCUCAAAUUGAGCUCUGUCAAUUUUCUGAGAACCACCCAAUCUCCAUUCAGUGAAGUUGAAAACUUUCUUCUUCUUGGUGCUCUUCUUUACUGGAGAUGGGGGUCUAGGUAUGCCUGCUGCUCUCUUCUUCUGUAGGGCAGCUUCAAAGUAGGGAGCCGGAUCUACUGCAGGCUCAGCAGAGGAGGGUGCCCCAGUAGGAGUUCUGUGGGACCUAGGCCUGGUCUGUUGAGGGUCCUCUUCCCCCUUUUUGGCAUCAUUCAGGUCUUCUAUCAUCAGGCUGAUUUUCUGAAAUUCUGAAGCCUGAGUGGAGGCUAUCUGCUCCAGGGCCUCUGGUAGAGUCUGGGUGACAGAGGUAAGGCCUUCAAUGAGACCUUGCUGCUUCUGUAUGGCAGAGAAGAUGUCCUUGUUAUUGGCUUCAAGGAGCACCAUCUUCUGAUAACGGUCUCUGUCAGUAGAUAGAAGUGCUUGAGCCUGUUCUUGAUGAAUUCUGCACAUUGCCUCAAUAGAAGUCAAGUGCCUCUCUGUCCUGGCAUCAGAUUCCUUCAGAGCUUCAAGAUGCUCUGAGAUAGUGUGAAUGGCAUGUCCUUGACUCAGUAGAGUCUUUUGAAAGAUAGAAAGAGUGUUGUGGAUGCCUACCACUUCUGUUGACAGGGCAUCUGUUCUGGCAGAUGAUGAGGCUAUGAAGUUGUUGAGAGUUCCUGUGAGGUUCUCAAAACGAUCAAAGAUGAACUGCAUACCUGAGUUUAGAUUGUCAUUCACAUGAGCAAGGUGCCCAUAGUGUUUGUCAUUGAUCUCUAUCAGUUUGUUCAUGCCUUGGAGGAUCUGUCCUCCAAAUUCUUCAGCAGAUUCAACAAAUUUGUUGAAGGGGAUGUUGUUCUGUUGUCCAUCAGCUUGAGGCAUCUCUAGACCUCUUCCCUUAGGCAAAGGAUGAUGUUCUUGGACAGAUGAUAGAGAUUGGACAAGCUUUUCAUGUUCCAGUUGAGUCAGAGGAGGGGUCUUCUGUCUCUUGGAUGUGGCCUUGUAGGAUUUGCUGAUCAUGAAUCCAUCCAUGUCAGAGGAAAUUUCAUAAGGAGCGUAGAUAGGUUUUCUGUUGCGGACUACCUUCUUUUUCUUUCUGAGUGAAGGAUUGGGGGCAACAGAGUCCCUAGAGUAACCUUUUGGUGCAGAGAUGGGAGAGACAGUUGUAGGGUCUGAGUCUCUGAGAAACCAUACAGGUUUAAGGUUCUCUGCAGGUUGUUGGGGGGGAGGUGAUUCUGGAGGAGGGGAUUGAUGAUCAGAUUCAGAGGAUGAAGAGGAGAUCUGUUGGGGUGAGGGGUUCUGGUGCAGGGGUGAAGAUUGAACAGGUGAGACAUUCUGUUGAGGGGGGGAUGGUGGAGGUGAAGGUGAACGGUUUCUGAAUGGAACAAUUGCUCUGCAGGGAGAUGCAAUUUUUUGUUUGUGUGAUUGAGGAGGGGUGGGGGUUUUCUGUUUAGGAGAUACAGCGGAUGGGGUUCUGGUAGGGAGUUCUGUUAGCCUCAGAGAAGCAAAGGCAGUAGGCCUUCUCUUAACUCGUAGGACAAGUUCUGCUGAACACAGAUACCAAGUCUGAGGAGUUAAGCAGUUCUAUCUAAGUGCAAGUAUUAAAGCAGUAAGUAAACGACACCAGAGAUUUUUAUAGUGGUUCAAGGAACAACUUGUUCCUCUAGUCCACUGUUCCACUAAGCUGUAAAAACUUCCGUUUACAAAGCCUUAGCCUAGCACUUAAGAAGCUCUCCACGUAUUCUUCAAGUCUAGAUGUCUCCUGGGAUGCACUGCCUGGCUUCUUUUAAGACUGGUCCUUUCACUGAGUUUCCUUGAAGUAUCACCACUUCACUACUCCAGUUACUUGGACGUCCUUCUUGUAGUAAGAAGAGUUUCUGUUGAAACUGGGGUUCCUCCAACUAGCUUCGUUACAAAAGAUUUGUAUGUGAUGAGCUUGAAGAGUUGAAGAACACUUGGAACUUUGCUUGAGUUGGAAAAAGUAUUUUUCCAACUUCUGGCUUCUCUUGUAGAAGAUAAUGAGUUUAAAUCUCAAGGAGGCUUUUUGCUUUUCAGAGUUUGAAUAUCUUGUUUGUAGCAAUGGUUAGCAAAAGUUGCAAAGUUAUCUUGGCAAAGUUAUCCGGUUGUUCUUCGUAGUGUAUCUUUUAUACUGAGGUUGUCUUCCCGUUGGAGGAGUAGGAGGACAACUGCAUUAAAUGAGCGAUCAGUUGACUUGACUAGUAGAGCCCGGUAGAGUUGGCGGGUUACUAUUUUGGGAUAAAGUAUUCCUGACAUUGCGGCCAAUCAUCUGCAAUUACUCUACGUAGCAUGGGGUGCAUUAAAUGAGCAUUUAAUGCGUGCACUGUAGCUUUUCCGUUUCAUACUCCUAGCCGUUGAAGGAAUCUUUAACUGUCAGACUUCCCGGUUUAGUGAAAUUCUUCUAAGUGUCAGACCUUCUGGUGUCUUUAACUGAGAGUAGAACAUAGGAGGUCUGGAGCACUUCUGUUGAGAGAAUAUCCAACAGAGACCCAGAAGGGUUUCUGUCAGAGUGAAGACUAACAGAGACCCUGAGGUCUUCUGUUCUGGAGCAGAGAACCAAAGGUCCUCUGUUUCAAUAAUGCCUUACGAGGCACUUCUGCUCUUGGAGCCCUUCUGCUCAGAAGGUCUUCUGCUCUUAAGGCAUUCUGUCAAGUCGAUUACUCUAAGAACUUUACAAAGUAAAAAUUCUAAUACAUAAUUUCUAAAGGGGUACUCUAAAGUCCUAAUUAAUCUAGCAUCAUCAAAAUCUAAAUACAAUUAUUCCUUACACUCUGGUACAUCACAAAGCUCAGGCCAUCGAUCAGAACACAGUUCGAAAUCGAUGACAACAUCCCAAGGCGUGUCUCCAAAGGAUACCGUCCGAGGAGGGGAUGGAAGUCCUGACGAUGCUAUCUCUGAUUCAUCUGUCAAGUCAGGCCAUCAGCCAGAACUCAGUUCUAACCUGAUGACAACGGGCAAUCCUAGUGAACCCGGUUGUGCUUCACGAGAAAGAUCACCGCAGCUGAGAGUCCCAUACAUUCCCCAAGGCAAAGACAUUCAUGAUGCACUCGAGGAUGUUGUGGUACACGACGUUUGGCCGAGAAAGUGGACAGAGUGGGAUGAUCUUAGAUGCGAAGCUGAAACAGAGGAUAUGCAGCGAAAUUGGUGGCUGAGAGAGUUGCUGGCCAAAUGCGCAGAAGAUAUCAUACGCCUUGAUGAAGAGGAACUCAAAGAAGGGGAGGACUACAAAAAGAUACCUAGGGAGCUAGAAUCCGUCAUCAGACAAACGGCAGGCAAAUUGCCCCCAAAAGAAAAGCUCUGGGAAAACAUCAGAAUAAAUGCCCCCUUCCAAGAGGAAAUCAGAAAGGGAAUUUGGAGAACCGUAGACAAGCUCAAACAGCUCGAUGAACUGAAGAUCCGUGGCCUGACUCACCUUAAGGGCAAACUGGCUGGCGGACAUCUUCACAUGCUGAUGCACAGAUCAUCUGGAAAACAACGACAAAUACUGGAAAGAUAUAUGAAGUCCAGCAUCCACCCUAUUGACGCUAUCCUUGAUAUACACAGAGAAGAUCAUCACACCAUCCCGUUCUACAGCUUCAAAGUUCGACGAACAGACUCCAGCAUAUUCAUCUGCCAGGAAAAUGAUUUUAUAAUGAUGAAGAUAGAGGAUAUCUACCAAAUGUUCAUGGUAAGUAGGUAUCUCUCACUGAGUCGAAACAGGACACACGAAGAAGGUUAUGAGGCGAUCAAACGAUUUAUGCUGAGACAGAUCAGAUUCUAUGCUGCCCAUGAUCUACAGAUGGCCCUGGAAAACAAUGUCAGAAAAGCAAAUCUGGUAAAGCCAACUCUGAACGGUCCAGAGCUCAAAAAGUACAGACCAUAUCAUAUCUUCAAGGACCCGGUCUCUAUCAUAUAUCUCAAUCACGAGGAACAGAAAAGACUCAUGUGGGUAGAAGACAUUCACAAAUAUUGUGAUGGGACUCUGAAGAUCAUCCAGACUAAGCUGCAAGAGAUCAAGGAGAAUAUAGAUCCAAGACUUGCGGACGCCAGCGAGGAAGAGCUCCUAGUAUACGAGAAGGUGUGGACCAUCCUAAAGCCCAUCAACGAGCAACUUGAAAAGAGAAGAAUGCUGAGACAGUAUGAGCAUGCGCUAAAUUUCAGAAAGCAUUACUUCAGAUCUCAAAAAUAAAUGCAAGACGGCACUUGAUCACAAAGGGGGAGAUUGUUGAAGACUAUUUUAUUGUGAAUCAAGUUUGUCUGUUUUGUCUGUAAUAAUUUAGAUGUUUACUAUUUCUGUUAUGCACUGAUUAAAUAUAUCUGUUAGAAUAGUAUUCAAUAUGGGCCAAGUGUUAGGCCCAUACUUAGGAGAGAAGCCUUUUUACGCAUACCUGAGCCUCGCCUAUAAAAGAGGGUGGAGGACUCAGGUUUGCGGUUAACUUUCGUAUCUGCUCAAAAUAGCCUUAGCGCUGAUUAUUCUUGUACGAACUGUUCACAGUAUAUCAGAGAA